UCGGAAGUUGAGUACGGAGCGGUACUUGAGAAGAGCGAGACCAACGAUGUCAGGGAAUAGCGUGUUCGGGAUAUUGCGGUUCUGCCUGGCUAUUGGAUUCAUACCUCAGCUCGUGACUAGCCAGUGCGCUCCUCCAUUCACAGACGGCGCCUGUGACGACGCCGUUGGUUAUUGCCAGAACGGCGGCACGUGCAUAGACACCAUACCUACGUGUCACAUGUGCACUUGCGACGCCGGAUGGAACGGCGAUGACUGCGAAAUUAAAGACCCGUGCCUGCCUAACCCGUGCAAAAACGGGGGCAAUUGCACGCCGCACCCUGCCAACGACGGCACGUACCAGUGUGACUGUCCGGCCGGGUACACGGGCGACAAUUGCGAGCAGUCCGCCUGUCUGACCUACCCCUGCGUUAACGGCGAUUGCCAUCUCGUACCGGGAAGCGAGACCGAAGCGACGUGCAUUUGCUUCGAGGGUUGGACGGGCGACGAUUGCUCCGUCAACAACCCGUGCGAUCCCGACCCGUGCGAGUACGGUGAGUGUAUGACGCGGGGCGGCGCCUACAUGUGUCACUGCGCCGCCGACUACGUUGGAGUGAAUUGCAGCGUCGAGAACCCGUGUCUACCCACCAACUCCCCGUGCGCGCACGGAAACUGCGUCCUCGACGACGAAUUUCUCAACGUGACGUGCAUCUGCGACGAGGGCUACGCGGGGGAGGCGUGCGACGUGAAGGAAGCUUGCCACGACGUGCACAACCUCUGCGGCGACUUCGGAAUAUGCCGACAGAACGACAGCUUUCCGGACGUGUUCACGUGCGACUGUUUCGAAGGGUACGUGGGUGCGCUGUGCAAUGUCAGCGACCCUUGCAACGGAAUCGACUGUAACUACGGCGUAUGUGAGGUUGCGGAGGACGACCCGAGCGAAUACCUGUGCGUAUGUGAGGCGGGCUACACGGGAGAGCACUGCGAGCAGGAGCCAUCCGCCUGUCUGAACUACCCCUGCGUUAACGGCGAUUGCCAUCUCCUACCGGGAAGCGUGAACGAAGCGACGUGCAUUUGCUUCGAGGGUUGGACGGGCGACGAUUGCUCCGUCAACGACCCGUGCAACGGAACCGAUUUUUUUCUCAACUAA